AUGGCGGGGUUGGCAUCAGAAGACGCAGAUACGCUAAUAAGUAAUAUGAUAAUGGUUGCUGCAAAUAUAGUCUUCGCUGGAGAUUAUAGUCGGGAUAAUACGCUUGUUAUUUUCGUAAGUGCACUUGAAUCUCUCAACAAUUUGAACUAUAACAUACAACUACAGCAAACAAUUCAAGAGUCUAUCAACGAUGUACCACCAGUAAUGAAGCCUACAAGUGAAAGUGCAAUUGCUUCUUUGGAAGUAAACGUCGUGAAAGAUGAUGACAACCUUUCAGAAGACAAAUGUGUUAUUUGUUUGAGAAAUUUUUUCCCAGGAUCAGAAAUUUUGGUUCUAAGCUGUGGCUAA